UUGGGGGACUGCCGGUGUUAGGGGACGUGACGUGAACUAUUUCUAGAAAGAGUUCUGGACAUGCGAGUCUGUCAGUUUAGAUGUGCAAUUCAGCUGGUUCGCUGUAAGUCGAAAAACUAGAAAGUAUCUGCAAAAACACUCAAACGUGCGCAACAGACGCAAUCAUGGACCUUCGUGAGCAGACUUCGGGGCUUGAAAACGAUUUGAAAGAAGUAAUGCGUCUUCUGGGGCUUUGUGAAAGCAAACGUGUGCAGGACGUCCUCUCCCAGGAGCAGAAAAAGAUAGAGAAGGAGCUCAGUCAGAAACGGCUACAGACGGAACAACGGGCAAAGAGGGACUCCGGAGACAAGGCAGACACGACAGUGAAGGGAUAUACAGUUAAAAUAAAUAAUUAUGGUUGGGACCAGUCAGACAAAUUUGUAAAAAUCUACAUCACACUAAAAGGUGUACAUAAAAUCCCAGCUGAAAAUGUUGAGGCCAGCUUUACAGAGAGGUCUGUCAAUGUUCUUGUUAAAAAUUUGGAUGGAAAGAACCAUCAGAUGAUGAUCAACAACCUCUUGGGCCCCAUUGUUGUUGAGGAGAGCAGUAGAAAGGUGAAAACAGACAUGGUACUAGUAAUGUGCAAGAAGAAUACAGCAAAGAAAUGGGAAUGUUUAACGCAGGUGGAGAAACAAACUAAAGAAAAAGACAAACCUAGUUAUGAUGAGAAUGCAGACCCGGGAGAAGGACUGAUGAACAUGCUGAAGAAGAUCUACUCAGAGGGUGAUGACGAAAUGAAGCGGACCAUCAACAAAGCCUGGGCUGAGUCUCAGGAGAAAAAAGCCAGAGAUGAUUUUGACUUUUGAGUCUUCAAUCCCUCCAACAGAGUGAAUCAUCGCACUACCAUUUUCACAUACAUGCCAUUCCUGUAAAUGACUUUUUGUAUUUUUUUUAUUUUAUAGUGUUUUAUUUGCAUCCUGUCCAGCUGAAAGUACUUGAUUACAGAACAUUUAAAUUA